UAAUCCAAAAGUGCUGUCUUUUAAGGUAAACCCUGAUCCACGGCGAAACUUGGUUGACGCUCUGUCUGAGUCGACCUUAAAAUCUCCAGUGAGGUCCACUGUUGGAGCAAAUUACACAUCACGCCUGGUAACCAAAACAUCUGGAUAACAAAAGACUUGGAGGAGUUUAAAGCGAGGCAGCUGUGAGGGAGCUCUGCAGACGGACUGAAUCAUCCAACAUGAAUCCUGCUCUGGUGCUGCUGGCGUCCUCUCUGCUGGCCUCGGUGGCAGCUCAGUCUGAGGACCAUCACGACAUGGGCUGGGUCAACGGGUACCGCCAGAGCUUCAACUUCCAGUGUCCCCACGGAGAGGUGCUGGUGGCCGUCAGGAGCUACUAUAGCGAGGCCGACGGCAUGGACCGGCUGUGGUCGUUUGAGUGCCAGCCCACCCCCGAGGGCCUGGGGGAGCCCAGUGACUGCUGGUGGGACGACAUCAACCGUGGUGGCAUGGAGUGGACUUCCACAUGCACUCGUAACGGGCUGGUAGCCGGCGUUCAGAGCAAGUACUUUGAAUCCGUUCUGGACCGAGAGUGGCAGUUCUACUGCUGCUACUACAAACGCCGCUGUCCCUACUCCUGCAUGAAGACCUCGGACGUCCCUGAACACUACAGAGAAGAGGGAGAGAUGGUGAUCCCGAGUUAUGGCUUCUUCAUCCGCGGUGCCCAGUCCACCUUCAGUGGAGUGCUAAGGGAUCGGCAGUGGAAGUACAUCCUGUGCAGAAUGACAGACUUUGACUGCGAAUUUGAGAAUUUAUAGAACAUUCCUCUACUAUAUAUGAGCACAACCAUACUUACUCUUACAUUUAAAAAAACAAACAUAAUACUCUCAUUAUGCAUAACUGAUAUGAUUCACCGUUUCAUUCAUGGUUAACGUUAGAUAAAUGCAGCCUGUAUAAUCACUGUUUUUAAGUCUGGAAUGCUCACAUAAUUACUCACAUAUGAGUCAAAUGUCAAAGAAAACAAACAAACAGGCUGGUUUUGCACAAACAAACAAUUAUGUUGCACCAAAUCUGGAAACUCUGAUAUCAAUUGUGAUCCAGUAUUGCAUUUUAACCUAGAUUCAAACACAUUAAAAGCUAUUUUUCUACGUGGAUUGGACAACAUUAUCACGUUACUUGAAAGAAAGGUAACCGACACACUUAACCAAAUUGAGUUUGAGUUUCUUUAUAGGUUUUUUUUUAGAUGAAAUUAAAGCUUGUUUAUCAUGAAUAAUGUUAACUGACUGUUUAGCUAGCUUGUUAGCUAAUAGGUACUUUAGGCAUGCACACAUAUUCAUGCUCACUAGGCUAAGCAAACGUGCAUUGUGCAACAGAGUUUUGCUGAAUUUAAAUCUUGAUAUACACAUUUCUAACCUAGUUUUGUUAAACUGAUUAUAAUAAAUGUAAGUUUAUAAGAUGUGUGUUUGAGCAACGAGGCCUGUGUGUCUUGUGUGGGCUCCACAGAGACUUUUGGAAAGGCUUUCUUCAUUUGGUUGCUGCAGAAACUGGGAGUCAUUUGGCAGCAUGUGAAAGAGCUUUUCCAAACAACAAAGUUGAUAAUUUGAUGCUGUGGUCAUGGUGUUGGAAAACACUGAAUCAGGCUCCAGCAUCACUUAGUGGAGGUCACAUGACGGUGAAGGCCAAACUAAAUGGUUGGAAGUUGGAGCAUUUUCACGGCCAUAAAAACCCUCAGUGGGAUGCAGGGUGUGACUGAUUGAGAUAUUGUCUUGAAGGGAACAAUUGUGUUGCAAGAGAUAUAAGAGCUUUCAGAGUCUCUGGCAGCAUCAGGAAUUCUGCAAUGAAGAGUUUCCAAUCUGCUUUCAACUGACUUCACAUUUUAUAUACUGUGCUGUACUGGAACUCAUGUAACUAUACUGUGUGGAAACGGGAUUAAAAGCAUCCCCUCCUUUUGA